GGAUUUACCUUCAACAUCAUUCAGAAGCUGGUCAUGUGGCAAGUGGCAACAAAAGUUUCCUCGCGCUGGCUUGUGCACACACUAAAUAAUGAUGGCAGAUGAUCUGGAUGAACUGCUCGACGAAGUGGAAGCAAAGUUUUGCCACGACAUCUCAUUACCAGGUCAAUCCAUUCAAGUGGACCAGGCAUCCGAAGAACAGCAAGACUUGCCUUGCAAAAUCAAGCAGGACGUAACCAGAAGAGUUGAAAACGACGACGACAUUGACACGCUGCUUGAUGAGUUACUUGACGACAACAAUGAAGAUGAUGUCAAAAACAGAUCAGCCAAUUCUAAAGUUGGAAAAGCAGUCAGAAGUGGACCCAAGGACCAAGUGACACAGAAAAGAAAAUGCUGUCCAGUAUUUGUGGGUGGCAGUACCAUACCAUCAGGUGUAGGAACAAGUAACUCACAAAGGGUAUGUGACCAGCUCAGGUGCAUCUCCUGUGAUUUUCGAAUUGCUUCAUUUGAUGAUCAUGAGUGGGACUCCACAUGUGAUUACCUCUUCUUUAGGAAUAAUAUGCCGGAUUGCCACCGGCUGCGGGCCAAGCUGAGGAGACGUAGGGGAGCACGGGCAUACGCGUGCCAAUGCAGCUGGCAUUCAGCCCUGGCGCUCACAGAUCUCAGGGACCAACCCCAGCUCAAAUGGGUCUGCGGCAAGCACGAUACGUGACAUUCAACCCCCAAAAGAAGGCUGCGUUUUGUGUGUAGCAUCAUUUCAACACGGGUCUGUGUAUGUCUUUUUUUUUUUUUUUUUUUUUUCUCCUUUCUGUGCACUUUCAAGUUUUCAUGUGUUGGCAACAUCAGAUGUGUGUUUUUUUCUGUUGUCUUCUACCUAUGUAGCAACGAAUUGUAGUGAUUGGGCACAGGUCUUCUUUUUAUCGUUGCGGCACACUUUGUGUUGUGUUCUUUUCUCAUAGUUUCCAUAUAUUUCUCAGUAAAUGAAAGCCUUUCUUUCUUCAAGAAGAGGCGACCGAUUCAGACCUCGGUCUAAUAAUAAAGUGUUAUUAACACUGGCUUUGAAGGCCGCUCAUUACGAGGAAAAAUGGAAACGGUUUCUUUCACUGAGGAAGGUGCAUGUAAAGGAAUUACUUACUGCAUUGUGCAUUCACAGUAUUAUGAUAAAUACCAUCUGUAGGGGAUAGAGGGUACAAUACAUUUUUUAUAUAUAACUCCUUGCAAUGCAGCAACUCAGCAAGAGGAUGUUAAAUUGCUCAGUAAUUCAUCUUAAUGGAUUCCUGGACCAAAUAAGUUGAGGUGCAUCAGAUACAUGUAUACAACCAAACUUAUGUUUUAUUCACUGAGAACUGUGACUGUGUGUGAGUGUAGAUUUGUUUUGAGAACUUAAGUGUUACAUUUAUGUUUUUUCAAACCUGUAAUCUAAUUUCUUUCAAG